GUUCAAAGCCAAUGUUUAGCUAUUUUACUUAACGCUGUCAGACACCUCGGUCAAAGUUGAAGUGCAGCCAGCAUUCGGUCGCACACCUUUUAUACAGAAUCGUGCCAGGCGAUUUAACCCAAAUUUCUUAUAAAUACAACAUUUGCUAUUAUACUACUAUAUUAAGGCGCAUUAAGAAGGCAUUAAGGAAGGGCGGAACGCGGAAGGCAAAUGGGCUGCCUUAACUCGAAGGAGAGCCGCGCAAGCAAAUACGCUGUCUCCGGUGGCAAUGAUGAUGAUGCCAACAUUGCAGAAGCUUUGCCUGGGAGCUCACCAGCUAAGGCGCCGUCAAGUGAGGUAACUCCAGCUGCCAAGGAGACGGCUACGGGCAAGAUUAAGAACCUGCCUCGGCCAAGGUUGGACCCUAAGGACUUCCAGCUCGUGGGCUGUAAGGGCGAAGUAAAAGUAAAGCUGCCUGGAAGCAUCAAUGGCCAGGCAUACGUUAUCGAUAAAUGCGAGGACUGUGACAUCUACGUGCUGGACUACUGCGCCCAAGUCACGAUAGACGAGUGCAAGGGGUGUCGCAUCUACAUAGGCCCCACGGAUGGCGCGGUCUUCGUGCGGGACUGCUCGGGCUGCAGCCUGGCGGUGGUCAGCAGGCAGCUCAGGACCCGGGAUUGCCACGACUGUCGCAUCUCGCUGCACUGCCGCACCAAACCCGUCGUCGAGUCGUCUACCAACGUCGGCUUUGCUUGCUUCGACCUGCCGUAUCCCGAGCUAGCAGACCACAUGCGGCAGGCCAAGCUAGGCCUCUUCCACAAUUUCUGGUGGCAUGUUUACGAUUUCACACCCAAGCCGGGCAACUGGCAGCUGCUGCCGCCAGACGUAACGGCCGCCAGCCUGCUGCAGCCGCUGCCCCAGGAGGUGGCAGAGCGCUUUGUGAUGACGCCUGGGAAGGAGGGGCAGCAAGAGGAGUCUAGCGGCAGCAAACAGGAGUCGCCCGUCCUCAUGACGUUUGGCAACCGGCAGCCGCGACCCGACGGCCGCUCCUACUUGUUCGUUGCUUUCGAGGGCGGCAAGAGCGAAAAGGCCUUGCAGUUGGCCCGCUCAGCCUCCGAAAAGGGCUGGCUGUUGCACACGAACGAGGUGCGGCUGGGUCCGGAGGCGGCUGCUGCGCUUGCGGCGGAGGCGGGCUGGAGCAAGGCGGCGGGCAAGGCGCUGAGCGGCGGCGGGAAGGCAGCCUGCGUGGGUCUGGAGUUGGCGGUGCCGGAGGGCGAGGAGGUGGCGGCGCUGCGGGCGCGUGUGAAGGCGCUGGGCGGGCAGUGCAGCGACAGCGAGGCGGCGGGGAAGAGCUUCCGGACGCAGGGGGUGGACGGCUGAUGAGGGGCAGCAGGAGGAGGAGCAGGAGGCGGAGCAGGUGGAGGAGCUAAGAUGGUGGUGGGCGGAGGUUGGUUAUCUCACCGCCCCACCUGGGUGCUGGUGGGGGGGACAGCAGUGACACGAGGGGCUAUGUGUGACUUAUGCCGCAGGCGUCCGCAAGGCGUCGUUGUUUGACUGACACCAGUGUACGUGACAGCAGCAUGCGGUAGUGAACUGGAAGUGGGCGCGGCCUUACGGUUAAGUAAGAUGCAAUGAGGCCUGUGAAGGCUGGGGGUCCCAGGACGGCGGUGGCGGCCGCGCCGUACGCACCGUGGUAGGGCACAGACUAGCUACACACACCCGCGCCGUCAUACAUGCAUGAGGGUUAUUAACAAGGGUGUCGUCCGGGCACCCCGUAAAGGUUGAGCGGGGUGGUGGUGACGUUUCUUACUUUGUAUCCAUGGUUGGCCUCUGAAUCAAGGCUCUUUUGCGUGCGUGUGUGUAUAUAUUGUGGUGUGUUGACCCAAGUCAGCUGUGAACGGACAAGAGGGCAUGUGACACCGUUGGACGUCUGUGAUUGGUGGUGACGUACUUGUUGGUGCCCGCGGGGUGUCAAUUGAUUGGAGGAGGAAGGGGUGUUGUCGGCAUAGGAUUGGCGUCACGGUUGUGAGGUAGGGCUCCAUCCUCCGUAGGCCUAAGUGGAGUACGGGCCACUCCGAAUGAAUAUUAGCGGAUAAUGUUUUCGCUAAUUCACGCAGAUGUUCAUCUACACAGUGACACAUUGAAAAGGUAUAUUUACGGGUUCAUCACCCCGACUCCAAAACUAUAUCAUGCAUUUCAUCUGGUAGCGUCUGUUUAGGACAUCCUGAGAUCAGCGGUGGAAAGUAAAGUCGGCGACCCAUGGGUCGGGCUGCAUGCAUCCUGCCGUAACUAGUUCUUCCCUAGCCCAGGGAUACUUUUCACAGUUUCUAAUCUUCCUAUUAUGUACACUGAAAGGGACGCAUGUUCACACGCUUUCGCCGUUGUUAUGCCGUACACCCAUACAACUUUUGCUAAUAUUCACACCUCUAAGCGCAUUGACAAGGCAUUAAGGAGGGGAGGAACGCGGAAGGCAAAUGGGCUGCCUUAACUCGAAGGAGAGCCGCGCAAGCAAAUACGCUGUCUCUGGUGGCAAUGACGAUGAUGCCAACAUUGCGGAAGCUUUGGUAAGGUCACGCCGCACGCUGAUUGAUUGGCAGUAGCAUACUUUGCAGGGCGGGAUGCAUGCAUUCCGGCAUGGGUGCCAACACAUCUCCGGCAGGGUGGGGACGCUGGGCGCAAGCGUGCCUAUGCUUGAUUGUCUGCGUGCAUGGGUGCUGGUGCUUGGAUGGGUGCGGUGCCUCCACAAAAUGCUGGCCGUUUGGCAACUCGAGCACGCACGGAGAUGCACAUACAGGUGCUACUACUUGGACAGGGUGUGGAUGCACGCCCGCAUGGACGUCAGUGCUUGGCAGGGCAGGGAAGCAGAAUUGUUUUCCGCAUGGAUGGGGACACUGGGCGCAAUUG